AUGAAGGAGGGAGAUUGGAAUGCAAUGUGGAAGUACUUCAAAGAGAUGUCUAUUGAUAACGAAAAUUUCUUUCACAAGCAUAGGUUGGGUCAGGAUAAUAGAUUACAAGAUGUGAUGUGGGUAGAUGUUAGGAUUAGAGAUGCUUACGAAGAGUUUGGAGACGUUGCAGUGUUUGACUCCACCUGCUUAACUAAUGAGUAUGACCUGCCAUUUUCUAACUUUGUUGGGGUUAAUCACCAUGGUCAAACCCUUCUGCUUGGGUGUGCAUUGUUAUCCCAUGAAAAUUCAGAGACAUUUGAAUGGUUAUUUACCACUUGGUUGUUAUGUAUGUCUAACAAAAAACCCAUAGGUUUUCUUACUGACCAAGACGUUGCCAUGAGGAAGGCCCUACGAGAUGUAAUGCCCGAUGUCCGACAUCGAUGGUGCUUGUGGCACAUACUUACCAAGUUCAGCCAUAAACUUGGAAAAUAUAAUGACUAUGAUUUUUUCAAGGUAGAGCUUCAUAAUGUGAUUUAUAAUAGCCUUACUAAAGAUGAGUUUGAAGUGCAAUGGAUUGGACUCAUUGAGAAUAUAAGAUUCUACCAUGAAAGGGAAAUGUGGGUGCCUGCAUUAAUGAACGGGAUGUUUCGGGCUGGAAUGAAGAGCACUCAAAGAUCUGAAAGCUUAAAAGUGGAAUCUAGAGCUAAUGAUGAACAACAGGCUGAUGCAGCUGACCAAAGGGCAGUUCGUCGGUUGGAAACCCAAUUUUUGGUUGAGAGAGCCUUUAGAAAAGUGUACAAAGAUGCUAAAUUCCUUGAGGUUCAAAAGAAGUGCAAUCGUGUACUGUACCUUACUUCUCUUCAGACUACUAUGGUAUCUGCUGAAGUUGUGCAUCAUAAGCAGGAGGACAGAUUGUGGGUGUUGUGUAAGGAAACACGCAAGGAAUUUUCAACAAAAUAUGGGCAAAAUUAUUUUGUCCAGAUAAAUUUGGAGACAAAAAUAGCAGAGUGUGAAUGCAAGCUAUUUGAAUGUGACUGUAUACUAUGUAGGCACAUUAUAAAAUUUUAUGACAUGCAUGACAUUCAAGAUGUCCCAGAAGUGUAUAUUCUGCGCCACUGGAGGAAAGAUGUGUCAAGGAAGCACUCACGUGUGAAGGUGGUGUACCAUGAUCCAAGUAAGACUGAAGAUGUUAUGAGGCAUGAUAAAUCAAUUCUUGCCUAUGAGCCAAUCAGCUUGAAGGCAGCUACGACUCCUGAGUGCAUUAAAAUUGUGUUGGAUUCAUUGCCGGUGUUGGAGAAGCGUUUGGAUCAACACUUGAUUGGUGUGGAAGAUGUGGAUUAUGAGAAAAUUUAUGAUGUUGGCACUCCUGGUUCAAUAACCAAGAGCUUGAGUCAAACCAACAAGAAGAGGGCAACUACUCCUAAAUCUAUUACCAAUGCAAGGAAUAAACCACAUAGAACAUCAAGUUGUAGGCACCGUUAUUGUGUUGAGCCAAAAAAGAAAACACCUAUUAGGAUAAAGAAAGGCAAAAAUGACGUUGCUGGUUGUUCACAGGAACCUCCCACUCAGGGCGUUGAUGAUGUUGAGUGUACACACACUUCCGCUGGAGGUAUUUCAUGA